AUUAAGUUAAAGCAAAUAAUUAUAUUGGCAAUAAAAACGUUUUCCCGACUUUAAGAAUCUCUUUCACUUAAAAAAAAGAAUUUGCUUGUAUUUCCGGAACAUGUCGAAAUAUAUGUUUUUAUUGAUAGCUUUGAUUCUAGUUAGGGAUAUUGCUAGCAAGACCGUUAAAAAAGCUUCAGCAAAAAAAUAUAACAAUCCUGAGGAAAGCGACGAUUUUUAUGAGGGUGAUAUAGCAAUGCCUGAGAGCUCAUUGCGAAAUGGCAUAGUUGGAGAAAUAUUUAGAUGGGAUAAAGGAAUUAUUCCGUAUGUAAUAACUUCAAGAUUCACUGCUGAAGAACAAAGAAUUAUUCGUCUAGCAUUCGCCACUUACCAUAAAUACACGUGCAUCAAGUUCAUACCAAGAAGACCAAACGAUAAAUAUUAUCUCAAUAUUACUAAUGAGGCUAAGUCGUUCUGUUUUUCCUUCAUAGGAAGACAACCAACCGGACCACAACUCUUAAAUCUUGGAAAUAAGUGUUUUAAAAAAUUAGGAACCACAAUACAUGAGUUAAUGCACGCUGUUGGAUUUUGGCAUGAACAAAGUAGAACUGACAGGGAUAAAUUUGUUAACGUUAUUAUGAGAAAUAUUAAAAAAGGUAUGGAAAGUAAUUUUCAGAAAAAGCCAACUGAUGUUAAUUUUGGCCAACCUUAUGAUUAUGAAUCAAUAUUGCAUUAUAAUCCUAAAGCAUUUACCAGUAACGGAAAUUACACACUAGUUCCAAAGGCAAGGGAUCAAAAGCUUCUAAAAGACAUGGGUCAACGAAUAGGAUUGUCGAAGAUUGACAUAGCUAAAAUAAAUCUAAUGUAUAAUUGUACUGAGAAAACCAGAAAAAUUCUGAACAGCCCUAAGAAAUUUUUUGUUGUAACAGGAAAACAAUAACUAAGGCACUACAUUGGCUUUGACGCGAGAAUGCAAAUAUUGGAGUUUAGAAAUUACAUAUAAUUGAGGCGUUGCCAUUAAAAAUGGAGUAAGUGCCAAAAUUUUUAAAACGUUGUUUUGCAAGUGACUUUCUUGUCUCUGUUAGUUAUAAAAAACGCCAAGAUAGAGCUCUGGUAAUAACAUCCUCGUAGUUGGAACAAUAAUUUUUUGCUUCUCUUGUGAAAUGUUGUUUUUGGCACUUACCUCCUUUUCAUUGUCAAUACCUCAAUUAUAUUAGGUAUAUAGAUAUACUUUAUAGUUUAUGAAACAAUUUUUUGUUACUCAAAUCUCAUUAAAAUAUUUUUUAUAUUGAGCAUA